GGGGUUCAUGAGUCAAAAGGUGUGACUGAAGAUUACUUGAAACUGGAAUCCUUAAUCCAGAAAGUUGUUUCUCCUUACUUGGGCACAUAUGGCCUGUAUUCCAGUGAUGGACCCUUCACACACUCUUCCUGUAUCUUGGAGAAGCGGUUCUUCAGGCGUUCAAAAUCAGGUGACAUCCUUGCCAAGAACCCUGUGGUGCGAUCGAAAAGCUACAACAAUCCACUGCUGACGCCAGUGGCCGAGUAUGAAACCGAGGGCAUGGCUGCCAAUGGAACAGGCAUCCGAAGGCACUCAGUUUCAGAAAUGACCUCCUGCCUGGAGCUACAGGGGUACUCCAACCUCACCACCAUCAUGGACAACGGUUCCAAGAGCUCCAUGACAGCCACAAAAAGCUCACUGUCAGGAGAGCAGGAGAGGCCCAGCACUGGGUCAGUGCAAUGCUCUAGCAAUCUCAGCACAGUUGAGCAACAGAAAGGACUCUUUCACUCAAUGGACGACCCACAUAGGUCUUUUGAGCUGGACAGGGACCCUUCCUUGAUUCCAGUUCCCUCUUCCAGCCCUGAGAACAUAGUGGAUCAGAUUUUGGAGUCAAUCGACUCUGAUUCUGAAGGCAUUUUUAUUGAUUUUGGCCGAGGCUGUUCCAAUUCAUCAGCAUACAAUGUGGACGUGAACAGACAGAGCAUCAUGUGAAGGACAUUGAGAGACAAACCUUGGGUUUUAAUAUUAUAUAUGAAAGUUACUAACACAUUGAGUUGGACUAUGGGCAAGCUAUGUAUGUCUAGGGCAGAACCUCUGUUGUAGGUCAUCACAUCUGUACUGAAGUACACAGACACAAGUUUACAGCAGGCAGGA